UGGACUUACUGUACUGCUGCUUCACCACCAUCGGGAUUUAAUUUUAAUUCAGUUUUAAUUUACUCGUAUGUUAUAUUAUAUAGGCAGUUUAACAUUGACGUUAUGGAUUUAUAUAUGUGCUAUAUUAAUGUUAUUUUAAUGAUAUAAGUUAGUUAUGUACGUAAGAUGCAGUUUGCGGGGGAAAUACAUAAUAAAGACGUUUCAGUGUGACGGAUAUUCAACAAACUACUGUAACCUGCUGUGUUUGCUGAGAAAGUUUCAGUGCUGGAGGGAAAUGUAGUCUCAUUUAAAACUGGAGUUACUGACAUGCGUAAAGUUUAUCUAAUCUGGUUGUACAGAGGUGCUAUUAUAGCUAAAAUGAAUGAAGGAAAUAUUAAUUUGUAUGAUACUGAUGAUGGGAUAUUUGAAGACAGACUUCAGUUGGACAAUCAGACUGGAUCUCUCACUAUCAACGAUAUCAGAACCAAACACGCUGGACUUUAUCAACAAAAAAUCAUCACCAAUGAAACCUUAAUUAAAACAUUCAGUCUUAAUGUACAGGAUGUGUUUUUUGCUGGAGUAGAAAACAAAAGAGAAGGAGAUUCGGUCACAUUGAACACUGGAGUGACUGAAAUAAAGAAACACAAUCGAAUGCUGUGGUGGUUUGGACCUUCAAAUCCAGACGUUCUUCUAGUUGAAAUAAUCAUAAAUCAUAACAUCUCAUAUGAUUUUGAUGAGAGAUACAAAGACAGACUUCAUGUGGAUCAUCAGACCGGAUCUCUCACCAUCAGAAAUCUCAAAACUAGAAACACAGGAGUUUAUCAACUACAGAUCUCCAACAUCAAAGAGACUAUAUACAAGAGAUACAAUGUGUUCGUGGAACCAGGACUGUCUGCAUUAUAUAUAGGACUGAUAUGUGCUGCUGUCCUGUUGCCUAUACUGGGAGCUAUACUGGCUGUGGCUUUACUAUAUCGAUGGAAAUACUCUCAACUCAAAGAUGAAAUGAAGACCGUGUCAGUGAUGGAGGGAAAUUCUGCAACAUUGAAAACUGGAAUCACUGAAAUACAAGACCAUCAUAAAAUAAUCUGGAGGUUUGGAGCCAAAGGUCCCAUCAUAGCUCAGAUCCAAAAGACCAAUGAUGUCGCAUAUGGUGAAGAUGAGAGAUUCAAAAACAAACUUCUCCUGGAUAAUGAGACUGGAGAUCUCACCGUCAGUGAUAUCAGAAUCAGGAUCUCUGGAAAUUAUCACCUAGAAAUCACCAAAAGAACCAAAAUCACUCAAUCAAAAAGUUUCAAAGUUGUUGUCCGAGAGGACACAUUAAAGGUCACAGAGGGAGAGUCUGUUAAACUACAGACAGGCAUUUCCGAACUACAGGACGAUGAUAAGAUACAGUGGAGAUUUGAAGUAAAUGGAAAGAGCAAUGAAAUCUCUUUAAACUGUGAUGAUAAGAUAUUCGGAAACAGACUGAUGCUGGAUCCUCAGACUGGAUCUCUCACAAUCACAGACAUUAAACACUCAGAGACUGGAGUUUAUGAACUACAGAUUAAGAACCAAAAUACAACUUCAUAUAAGAAAUUCAAUGUUGUUGUCUGGUACAAUACAUUGAAACAUUCAGUGGGAGAUUCUGUCACUCUACAAACUGAAGUCUCUGAACUAAAGGAAGACCAUAGGAUACUGUGGACAUUUGGAAAUAAAAAUACCCGUAUAGCUGAAAUCAAUGGAGUCAGCGGUCAGCCAUUUAUAUAUGACGGAAAUGAUGAGAGAUUCAGAGACAGACUGACUCUGAAUGAACAGAAUGGAAAUCUGACCAUCAGAAAUAUCAGCAGAGGACAUUCAGAUGUUUAUAAACUGCAGAUCAACAGCAGCUCAGAUAUCAAAAGUUUCAUGCUUAUCGUAAAUGAGAAACUGGAGUCAGUGAUGGAGGGAAAAUCUGUCACACUACGCACUGAUCUUACUGACAUGCAGAGUGAUGAAGUGAUGAUACUGUGGAUGUUUGGACCUGAAGACAGUCUCAUAGCUAAAGCUGAUUUAAACAACAAGAUGCUUUAUGAUGGUGCUGAUGAAAGAUUCAAAAACAAACUACAUCUGGAUCAGACUGGAUCUCUCACCAUCACAGGCAUCAACAGUAAACACACAGGACUUUAUAAACUACUCAUCAUCAGCAACAGAGAGUCCACAUACAAGAGAUACAGAGUUUCUCUCCAUGCUAAUCAAGAAACAGGUGGUACUGAAGAUCAUAUAGAGGAAGUGUCAGAGGGGAUUCCUUUACUUCACAUAAAAACCUCACAACAGCAGCAGUAGUAGUAGUAUGUUGUCUGUUUUUUCAACACUUGUUAUACAACAACUGAGAACAUCUGUCAGUGUAAAGAGAUGAAAAUAUCAAUCUGAUGCUGAACUCCUGAGAGAAGAAGAAACAGAGGCAUUUAACACUUUCAUUCAUUUACCAGUAAACUGUAAAACAAAACAUUAAAUUCAUGUUGUAUGAAGGCUAAAUGCUAGUCAAACAGAGACAAAGUGAAAAAGUGAGAGUUCAGUGAAGUAGUGUGGGUUUGUUUAUAAUUUCUCAUAAUUUUAAAGCUGCAAUCUGCAAUAUUGUUUACUAUCUCCUUACCGUACCCAAUAGUACACUUAUUAUAAAAUAAUACAAAUGUUUUGACGGAAAAUAGUCAUUCAUCUUUGUGUGCAAAGAGGACCCGGCUACAUCUUUGUGUGUAUUUUAUAACUUGUUUAUACACGAACCAUUCUCUUGAAGUGCAUAAAUAGCACGCAGUGUGAAAAGUCGUGCAAUACAUUUUAGCAUGCAUAUGAUAGGCCAGUCCUUCCUGUUCACAUACAUGGUGGAUGCCAUCAAGAUACAGCGAGAGGAAUUUUGGUGCAUUUUUAAUUAAUGAAUUCAUCCAAGCAAAGUAGCGGGACAAAGCACAACACACACAGAAAAUUACUCAAUUGCAAAUUUAGUUCAAACAGAUAUGCGACAGAGAGGCCAAAACUAUGCAUUGCUGCUUGAACUAUAUUAUUUUGUUUUGUGAACAUAAUAUUCAUAUUUAAAGUCACAUGUAUCUUACAUUAUAUAAAUGAAAUAACAAUUGUCCGGAUUGUAUUGUUUGUGAAAAUUGACUCUUGUACUCAUAUUGUUAUAUUGUUGACAUUUUGCACAGUUUACACAUAUUAAGCCACUAUAAAAUAUACACAGUUUGCAUUUGCACACAGUACAGUGAUGUGUGUUUAUCAUAGAGGUGCUGUUCUCAGGUCAGUGUCUGUAUCAAAUGCAUUACCAAUGUUUUUUUUUUAAUAAA